CAUAUUUCGGAUCAAUGGGGAUAUGUAAACUGUGGAGUGUCCUAGAGCCUGUCAAAAGAUCUGUUCACUACUCCGCCAUAACCUCCUUGAUUGACACAAAAAGUGGUACCUCCGACCAAGAUGUCAUUCUGGUGAUCGAUGCAAUUCCUUGGCUAUACCAUCAGAACAAGAAUGUUCCAAUACAUCUCACACUUUUUCAUCGUCUGGCACGACUGUACACACUUGGUGUCAAAGCUAUUUUUGUAUUUGAUGGACCCGACAAACCGCUCAUUAAACGCAACCGCCAAUGCUACUCAGGAUUAACAGCGUCUGAUUCAGAAAUUAUAUUUCGCCGCUUAUUGCAAUUAUUCGGUUUCAAGUCUUGGGAAGCUGCUGGAGAAGCCGAAGCUGAGUGCGCCAAAUUGUUGGAUCUUGGUAUUGCAGAUCUUGUUGUCACAGACGACGUCGAUGCUCUCAUGUUUGGCGCCCAGAAAAUGAUUACCAACUGGCAAAACGACUACGUCAGUUUCUUUGACAUGAAAAAAAUUAAUGAACAGUUGGAACUAGAUCAAGAUGGCCUGGUGCUUAUUGGUCUUUUAGCUGGAAAUGACUACGUGCCGUAUGGAAGCAGGAAUAUCGGAAUUCUGACAGCAGUCGGACUUGCAAAAGCUGGUCUUGCUCCCAAGGUCCUAUAUGCGAAAACUGCACAAGAAAAAGAAGAAGCAAGGAACGCUCUAAUAUCCGAAUUGAAGACAAAUGAAUCUGGAAAACUCGAUCGAAAACGACCUUCUGCUGCAAAAGUGUUGCUUGAGGAUUUUCCAGAGCAGGAAGUUGUCAAGCUACUGCGGCACCCAAAAUGUAGAGCUCGAUCUUUGACUAGCCCGGAAGAAGUGAUCCAACUGAAGCAGUUUAUCGAACCAGACUUUACUGAGCUCGCUGCCUACGUACAGAAUUUUUUCCAUCUUCCCAUUUCUGAAAUGCGCGAAAAGCUGGUUUCGCUCUUGUUUCCUGGAUAUGUUCUCCAAUGUGUCAAAUCAGAAAUGAGAUCUAGCAGCCAGCGGAAACGCAAUGCUAUCGAGAGUAUUCCAAACAAGCAAGAUUCACAUAGCACUAAAAGGAAGCUAGACAUCACCAGCUAUUUUCCAGUCAAUAAGAAGACAUCGACUCAAAUUGGCGCCACAAAAGCUACCAAAGCUCCAAAAAGCGUUUCAACAAAUAUCCUCUGCAUCAAUCGUGAGCGGCAGCCUACUGAUGCGAAAACUUGCCAUGUCAAAGAGUACCAAGUGCAAAUAAAUCCAGCUUGCAUGCUCCGAUUUUUGAAACUGAUUGGCAAAAAGCUCGACUAUUUUCCACCUAGGUCGCCUACCCUCAUAUUUCACGAUGCUUAUUUCAGUCCAUACAGAAAUUCGCCAAACGAUCAUCAAAAGUCUAGUAGUCCAAAUGGUUGGAGGACACCAGUGAGAAAUUCUGGCUCAAUUUCAUCUUCAAGUAGUUAUGCAGCGUCUGACGACGAAGAGCAACAUGCUUGGAAAUAUAGGAAAAUCGAUAGAUCGGAGCCAUCCAAUACCCCACGUUCAAAGUCUAUUGCUUCGUCUAUCCGAGCAGGAGAAGAAAAUCCCGAAUUGAAGGAGGUCGCAAACUGGUCCAAAGUCAACCGACAAUGGAUGGACGCCACCAUGAUUUUGAAGGCCUAUCCGGAUAUAGUAUGUGAAUAUGAAGACAAGAAAAACGCUCAAGCAUCCAGAAAGCGGCUACGUCAGUCAAAAAUGGCCAAAGGCAAAGCAUCUUCUUCCAAACUAGAGCGCGGUCAAACGACCAUUACAGAAAUGGCAUUUGGCAUACAAGCGCCCGAUGGCACCAUUAAAAUCACGCAAGAUAACAGCAUGCCUGCCAGCGUAGUCAUAAAAAAAGAUUUCGAAAAUCCAUUUCUAGUGCGAGACGGAAGUGCUAUUGAUGGCGGCAGUUCUGACAUGCGCAGUUUGGCCUCUCUUGUCAUUCCACGGCGCAGAAAGCCUCAUGUUGGCCAAUCGCAACGCAGCAGUUCACAUAGUGGUAUUUCCCUGAAUUCUCAUCAAUACAUUGAAAUUGAUAGUGACUCGGAUAGUGAACCCAUUUUGUCCGUGAUUGCAAGACAGAAUCAGUCCAUCAACAAGUUAUAAUGAAAGAAGCAACGCAUUCAUGCAGCGAUACGUACAUACUACACUCGUUAGCCCAUUUAAUUUUAGGAGUUGUACAUACAGAUUUUAAUUUUUGUGCAAAUCACCAUGUAUCAAACAAGUGAAAUGCUCGU